GUAGCCUGCUAUUACUAUUACUCCUGGAGUUACCCAUACUGUCCCCAGUAUCAUUACAGGAUCAAAAGAUCUGAACGUUAUGUGAAUUAGUCCAUCCUCGAAGCUGUGUGGUAAUGUUUUUUUUAAUUUCUUUCUUUCUUUUCUACAAGUGUAGAAGACGGCACAGGAAACGGCACGCGCUUGAAAUCCGUUCCCUGUUUUCAGCGUCUCGUGACCCGCAAGAGUGUAACGCGGUCUUAUCCAGAACAGAAAACAGGUUGUGGGGAGCCUGGAGCCAAUCCCAGGAGAUUUGGGGAAUGAGGCGGGGGACACCCUGGAUUGGGUGCCAAUCUGUUGCCAGACACGAUCACACACACAUUCACAGACAUUGGCAGUCAGCCUACAACGGAUGUCUUUGGACUGGGGGAGGAAACCAGAGUACUCAGAGGAAACCCCCGAGAACAUGCAAACUCCAUGCACACAGGAGGUGCAAGAGAGACUGGAGAUCGUGAAGCGCGCGGCGGAGUGCAUGGCCCGUGACAGAGGAUACGAGCGCUCGCGUUAUGUCCGGUAAUGGAACAGCAAUGAGAGAGGACUUUUCCCUGGAAUAAACGCAAGCGCCGGGCCCAACAGAAUGCGGGAGCGGGAUGUACAGAGUGUGUGUGCGUGGCUGCUGCUGCUCACCCUGGCCCUGCUGUCUCUCUGGGGGCGUCUGGCUCUGGCUUCCUCACACCGCAACCAUAUAGUGCAUGUGAAGGCUGGGACAUGUGAAGUAAUUGCGGCCCAUCGCUGCUGUAAUAAGAACAAGAUUGAAGAGAGAUCUCAGACUGUCAAAUGCUCCUGCCUACCCGGGCAGGUCGCUGGGACGACCAGAGCUGCUCCAUCCUGCGUCGAUGCAUCUAUAGUAGCCCAGAAGUGGUGGUGUCAGAUGCAGCCAUGUCUGGAUGGAGAGGAGUGUAAAGUUCUACCAGAUCUCACAGGCUGGAGCUGCAGUACUGGCAACAAGGUUAAAACGACAAAGGUAACUCGGUAGUGUCAUGCUCCAGCCAGAAGAAUUGGAAUUAGAUGAAUUGGAAAUGGAAGGACUUGCAGAUACAACUUCACCGAUGCUAAAAUAAUAUGGGAACCGAAGCAACAAGGUCUCGUGUCCACUCCAUUCAUACCAAUGAAGACCAUCACACUACUCAGCUCUCCUCCAUCCUCCAUACUUGUAACCCGCUGUCCUGAGCGUUUGCUGGAAAUCUCGUCAGCACAAAUAAAGGGAUGAAAGACUGUCUGCUCGCUGGAAUUUCGCCAUGCAUCUGGAUUAUAUCUUAUGGUAGAACGCUAAUCGCAGAGACAACACACUGCUAACGUCGGAACUGUUUUAUUUGUCCAGUUUCUUCUUUCUCCAGCUGCUUAGACGUUCUGUUGUGUUAUGGUUUUCUUUCUUCUGUCUGUCGAUGCUUCCUGUAACCUCACAUUUUGACCCUGAAAUGAAAAGUGACAUUUUUGUUUUCCCUUCCCAAAAACCUUGUUUCUGUCUCAGCAUCUUAACUUCAGAAACUAGAGCUGCAGUUCUGGACUUACUGACCAUCUGUAGAUUAUUUUGUUCCUUUUAUAAUAAAGAAAUAAUAAGUAAAAUUUUUGACGCAAAAGACAAAUGAAACAGUAGAUGUUAUGGUAUAAUUCUGUAAAAGUGUAAAAGAUUACAAGUAUCAGAUUCUUAGAUCCAGAAGAAAUUAAAGAAAAAAAAGAUUCCUCUAACAGUUUUAAUAUUGAUGUUUUUAACCAGCCUGGUAACUGCUAUUGAGUACAUGUGUCAGUAUUAUCUAAAAUAAAUAAAGCUAUUUCA